AUGUCAGAGCUGAAGUCGCCUGAGGCGAAGCGAGUUCCCCACUCAGAUGACUCACACUCGGAGGGUAGCGAGGAUGAAACAGACUGGAUUGUAACAGACAAAGAGCCCGAGCCUGCGCUGAAAGCAGACCUAGACGCUGCUCGAGCUUUGUUUGGUGAAGGGUCUGUGAGGAGCACGCAGUUGUGCCCCAAGACGUAUUGGGUGAGACUCUAUGUGCCAGUGAAAUGUACUGCCCUGUCCUCCACAGUUUGCACUGCCUGGAGUUUGAAGCUAGAAAUACCCAUUUGCGUGGAUCUUUGCCUGCCGGGGACUGGAUAUGAUUUCGGAGUUGUUGAGCCUUCCAUGCUGAAGCAGAUUAGGCAGGAGGGUUUUGAUGAAUUUGGGCUUGAGAAGCAGCUCAUGCAGAUCUUGACAGAUUUCUGUCGAGUUUGCAAAAGCUGUGCCUGGGAGAGCUUUAGCUCUGUUGACAACACUACCAUGGAUGAAGACACCCCGGAAAAGCUGUGCCGUCGAUUUGAGUUGAAGAAGCAGUCUCUCAUGCUUCAAGCUCUUGCUGACAAGCAUAUGGGAUUUCUCUGCUGUCUUGGACGAUACUUGCAGCUGCGCCUGCCUACUCUCCACGAGUAUUGCGCCAUUUGCGACUCAGCGUUCAGUCUGCCCCCGAUGAUGAUGCGCUCUGUGUGCCCGCGCGAACUCUGUACCUACCAGUUCGGCGAGUUUGGCAGUAAGAUUACAUCUGCUGAAGGAAUGAAUAAUCACGCGGAAGUUGUCGACUUGCUUGUAUGCAUGCUUCUGGCAGCUGCGACAUCUCCUCGACGACAUUUGAUUCUGGAUCCUUAUCCGAACGUGUAUUUGGGAGAGCAGCUGCGAGUGGUUCUGCAUCCAGAGAGCAAAGAUUUUGGCACACUGGAAACAUAUGUGCAUGAGCUGCAAAGUGUCCGCAAAAGUGUGGGAAACCAGCUUGGUGCAUCCUGGUCGGCCAAGACGUCGUCAAUGUCUGCAGAGGCCGCAGCCCUUCUGAAGUGGACUGUUGCAUCAAACAGAUCCUUCUUGGCGCCUUUGCAGGACAACGAGCGCAUCGAAGCUUUCAGGACACCAUUCCAAUACCUUCUCGUCUCGGCACCUCCAGACAAGGAAGCACGGUUCCAGGAAUUGAAGAAGCAGUUUGGCACCUCCUUCGCAUUUCAUGGCAGCUCGUCUGAGAAUUGGCAUUCAAUUCUGCGGAAUGGUCUCAAGAAUGCCUCCAAUACCAAGCUGAUGACCUGUGGAGCUGCCCAUGGCCCUGGCAUUUACCUAUCCACUGCAAGCGCAACCUCGCUUGGCUACACCCGGCAUGAGCAGAAGGUGGGUGGAGAUGCGGUGGCACUCAAGCGACAAAAAACCGGUAAUCGCUUUGUCGAAAACCAGCGUGGCCUUGUCAUGAUGGCGGUGUGCGAGGUGAUUCAGGACCCGACCAGAUUACGCAAACCAGCUUCGCAGAUAUGGGUCGCCGGCGUCGAAGAGCUGGUUUGCACGAGAUUCUUCUUGGUGUUUACCGAGGCGGAGCACUUCGGCAUGAAUGUCUGCACUCUGAAGCUCGACAAGGAAAUACGCGCACUUGUGGAGAAAAGCCGAUAUGCGGGUUGA